UCGUCGAUGGACAAGCGUCCUCAAGCUUCCAUUGUCCGCCGCUCGUCCCGACGCUUGUCUCCUGUGCAGAAAAACUCGUCGCGGAAACAGACUCGAUCUCGCAAGACCGAGCCGAGCUCGCCGCCGUCUACAGCUCUCUCCCCGCCCCGCGCAAGACCCGCAAGCAGCGAAAGACUGAUACUGCGCCAUCGUCAACAAAGACCAACUCAUCGACUCCAUCUUCGUGUCUACCGAAGACUCGGAAGCGCCAGCGUCGCAACUCAUCGUCAGCACACUCGCCUACCGAGACAUCACCACCGUCGAAACGGACACGGGGCCUGACUGCAAGCAAGCCGUCACACCCCGGACCUGCGCCAGACUUGACAAAAGCACGCAAAUCCAAGGCCAAGACCAAGGGCAAGACCAAGGCUAAGGGCAAGGACAAGACCAAAUACAGGGACAAGGGUAAGCCAAGCCCCGCGUCGCCGUCGACCGAGUCGCCGCAAGCCAGCAAGAGCAAGAGCAAGAGCAAGAGCAAAAGCAAGAGCAAGAGCAAGAGCAAGCGCUCUCGCUCCAGUCCGUCUAACAAGGCAUCCAAAGCCAAAGAGCUCAAGCGACACAAGCCGCUUCGAGACCUCGCGAGUCCGCUCAGUUGCGGCAGUACCUCGAGCACCGCAUCUAGCGUCCCGCGAGCCGGGCAGCUCUUUUCCCGCGCGUUCGGAGGUCUACUUCACCGACGCCGACCGAUGUCGGGACCCUUGACGGAGAUGCUGGAGGGCAUUUCUGCGCUGCAUGACGAGACGCGCGUAUUGCUUGCGCUUUCGCAGCUGUGCGAGUACCUGGCGAUGGCGAACGAAGAUUCGAUGUCGGGAUUCUCGCCUGACGCGUUUGUGCCGCCGAUGAUCAACUGUCUCUCGCUGGCGCACAACCCGAACAUCAUGCUAUUUGCCAUCCGGUCGCUUACACACAUGAUGGACAUCCAGCCCAACUCUGCCAAUGUGGUGGUGGGCAACGGCGGCGUGCCGCCGCUGGUUAUGAACUUGAUGAAUCUAGCGUACAUCGAUCUCGCCGAGGCGGCGAUGCAGGCGCUGGACAAGGUUGCGCACGAGCACGCGGCGGCAAUCAUCCAAGAAGGCGGCAUGAUGGCUGUGCUCUCGCAUCUGGACUUUAUGCCGAUGUCGUCGCAGCGGGUGGCUGUCAAGCUCGCGUCGUCGCUCUGCCGGUCGAUGUCGUCGUCGACGAUGCCACUGUUGUCAGACACGCUGCCGACGCUGACCAACCUGCUCAACUACUCGGACCCGAAAAUCCUCGAGUCGGCCAUCCUCUGUUUCUCGCGCCUGGCAUCGUCGCUCUACUCGGACGAGGCGGCGCUGACGACGGUCACGUCUUACGGACUCUUCAACAACUUGCUCAUGCUCAUCGGACCCGAGGCCUCAGUCUCGCUCCCGGACAACGCGUUUGUCAUGGUACUGUCGACGCUGGCUACCUUUGCGCGUGCCUCGCCGCAGCUCGCCACCAACCUCAUGCAGUCUGGCGUCCUCGCUGUCCUGCGGCACCUCAUUGCUGCCGAGCCCGCGGCCGGCGACGCAACCGGAGCUGGGCCGGCACCGGGCUCGCCGGUUCCGGCCGGCACGCCUGGCGGUACCCUUGCGUCCCCUAGUACCAUGGCGCCGACUACGUCGGCGUCGGGCACCGCUGCCGGACGGCCUGCGGCGGUUCUCUUCCAGUCGCUGACGCUGGCCUCGGAGCUGCUGCCGUACUUUGAGUAUGACUUUCCAGCCAAGAACACGUCGUCGUCGUCGUCGUCGUCGUACUCGUCGCUCUCGCGGUUCUCGUCGCGGUACUCGGGCGGCCUCCGGUCAUCGGGCGGAUACCAGCUUGUGCUCGGCAAGGGCCUCGAAUCACGGUCCGCCGGUAAUGAGGUGCUCGACACCGAGACCGGUGAGACGGCGCGUCUGCGGAUGCUGGCCGAGUCGGAGCUGCUCCUCGACUCGAUGGUCGAGAUGCUGCUUGCACCGCUACUUGGCGUGUGCGCGACGUCGGUCAAUCCGUCGGUCCGCAACGGCGGAUUUCGUGUGGUGGGCAAGCUUGUGCACCUAGCCUCGGCCGAUGUUCUUCGCGAGCGGCUUGCAGACUUGCCCAUCUCGUCGUUUGUGGCCGCGCUUCUCUCGGAGCGGGACCUGACCGCGCUGGCGGUCGGCGUCUCGCUGGCUUGCAUGCUCCUUGCCAAGCUGCCGGACGUUUUUGGCUCGUACUUUGUGCAGGAAGGUGUGGUGUUUGAGCUCAAGCGGCUCGCUAGCUCGGACCUCGGCAGCCUCGGCACGCCUGCGGGCACGUGCUCGACAUCCAAGUCUGCAUUUGGCCAGGCCUCGUCGUCUGGCUCGAACAAUGACAGCAAGAGUGGGACUGAGCAGGCCACAAGCAGGAGCGAGAACACUCCCACACUUCGCGAGUGGAUUGCCACCAGCGUCUCGAGCGUUCUCGACGUCGUUGGCACGCUGCAUGGCGCCGGCAGCGGGCACGAGCGAACGAGCCAUCUGCGGGAGGUAGCUGCGAGCCUCAACAAGCUCCCACGCGACUCUGUUGGCGCUGCCGACCUGGGUGCGCAUGUGGCACUUCGCAACGCGCUUGUCGACGUCGACGGUACAGGGACUGCGAUGGUCACAACCUUUGAGAUCAUCUCGUCCGAGGUCAUGGAGCAGUUGCUGGAGUACUUGACUGACACGGCGGUUGCACCGCAGAUUGCGCUCGACCGGCUUGCGGUCUUUGCGCACGUGUGGGUCAACGCGCCGCGGCCUGCAUCGGUGCCGGCCGACGCGCCGUCGCCGGCGACACCGCAACACGGCUACCCGAUGCUGGUCCCGCUUGUGCGCAAGGUGCAGGAGGCGCUGUCCAAGGUCCAGACGCUUCCAGUCAUGCUCCACUCACCCCCGGACGGCAACCAGGACCUGCGGAUUCUGACGCAGUCAUUCCGAGUGGCAGUUAGCCCGGGAUCGUCUUCGCGCGAGGCAGGCCUCUCGUACACGGCAUCGGAGCUUCUUGUCGAGCCGCUCGCACCGCUCAUCUCCAUUGAGGAGUUUGUCAUCGGCAAGCUGCCGAACAAGGCCGUGGCCAAGGCCCGCGUGGCGCUGGGCGGGCCGAAGCAACUGCCGCCGGCGCCGGGCACCACCGCGCCGGGCAUUCCGCGCUCGAGCUCCAACACUGCUGAGCUGCACAUGCUCGGCUCGGAGGAUGAGCCGCUGGCAGGCUCGUCGUCGGGCGCUGUUGUUGACGCCUCGGGCGCUUCGGACGACUACGAGUACGACGAGGAUGAGGACGACGACGAGCUGGCCGGCUUUGGCGACGGUGGGGGCAAUGAUGAGGCCGGAGAGCACGGGGCGCAGGCAGUCAUGGACUUGCUGGAUGCAGCGCUAGCCACUCAGGCAACCUCGCCGAGCACGGCGGCGGCGGCGUCGGGGUCGGCAUCGACCAUGGCGGCGUCAAGCUCGACGAACGGCAGCGAGGGCCGGAACGAGACCGAGAGCGGCGAGCGGCUUGCGCGUGGCCCAGGCUUGGGGCGCAAGGGCGGUUCGCGCGCGCGGCCAACCAAGGGCAAGAAAAAGUCGAGCUCCGGCUACAAUGUGGAGGAGUGGGGCGGCGGACUCGGCUCGACUGCAUCUGCGGAGCCAGGCGCAAAGUAUGCGGCCGAGAACGCGGUCCUUGUGCUCUCGCUCAACGGCAAGGAGCUCCCGCCGUCGACGACGGUCUUCCAAGCUGUGCAGGCGUUUGCGGUCGAGCGGGCUGGGAGCGAGGACAACUAUGCGUAUGACGACUCCGCCGAGAUGCACCGUGCGCUGUGGGACGAGGUGUACACGUUUGAGUACCGGCUCAAGACUCGGGACGAGUACGCGGCAUACGUGGCGGAGCAGAGCGCGGUGCUCCGGGCGGCAGACGACAAGGUGGCGCCAGCGUCGGUCGGCACGCCCAAUGUGCUGCGGCGGGUCGGCACGCCGCGGUAUGCGGGUGCGGCCGGGACACAGAAGCAGGCUGGUCGUGUCGGCACGUGGCUCUCGCCGUUUGAGCACAUUGGGACGCCUCUGGCGGAGCUUGUGGGCGGGCUCUCGUCCUCCUCGCCGGCGUUUGUGCCGCUAGCGCUGCUCAAGCUGCUCCACACGAUGGUGGUUCACAUUCGCGAGCUGGUCGAGCGCGACGGAAGCGGGUACGACAGUCCCGAGGCGCUAACUCACGCCAAGCUCCAGCUGGCAGCGGUGCUCGACUCGGGCAGUGGUGUCGUGGCGAGCGGAGAGUUUGUUAACCAGGUUGUGACGGCCAAACUCGAGCGGCAGAUGCAGGAUCCGCUGACGGUGACCUCGGGCGCGUUCCCGUCGUGGGUGACGCAGCUCAUGGCGGGCGCGCCGUUUGUCUUUCCGUUUGCGACGCGCAAGCAGUUUCUGCACACGACUGCGUUUGGCGUGGCGCGCGCGCUGCUGCAGCUGCAGGAGAACUCGGGUGCGACGGCCUCGUCCGGCCGGAGCAACUCGGUCAUGGUCGGGCGGAUCCAGCGGUCCAAGGUGCGGAUCUCGCGCGAGACCAUUCUGUCAUCGGCGUUCAAGGUGCUCGAGCUGUAUGCGGCGUCCAAGUCUGUGCUGGAGAUCGAGUACUUUGGCGAGUCAGGGACCGGACUUGGGCCCUCGCUCGAGUUUUACACCCUUGUGUGUGCCGAAGUCCAGCGAGCGGACCUGGAGAUGUGGCGGACAAGCGAGAGCAAGGACAACAAGUACGUUGUCGCGCCACACGGGCUCUUCGCCAAACCGUUUGACUGGCGCAAGGCCGAGGCUAGCGGGCCGGGGAGCACCGCGGCGGCGGCCGGCGAGCGGCUGCUCAAGCUCUUCAAGUUUAUGGGGUGGCUGGUGGGCAAGGCGCUGAUGGACUCGCGGCUGAUUGACCUGCCGUUUGCACCCGCGAUGUACAAGGUGCUGCUGGGCGCGCCGCUGGCGGCGGCGGACGUGGCGCUGUUCGACCCGGUCUUUGCAGCGUCGCUUGAGCCGCUGAUGCGGGCGGCCGAAGCCGUGGCCAACGGCACACCGGCAGACAAGGUCACGGUCGACGACCACGGCACCCGGGUUGAGGACCUGUUCCUCGUCUUUGAGCUGCCUGGCGCGCCGGGCUUUGCGCUCGUCGACGGCGGGUGCGAGAUGGAGGUGACGACCGCCAACGUGGGCCAGUAUGUCGACGCGGUAGUCGAUGCCACCAUUGGCAGCGGCGUCCGGCCGCAGCUCGACGCGUUCCUGGCCGGGGUCAACGACGUUUUUGACCUUGCUGCUCUCGCCGGCUUUGACGCCCGCGAGCUCGAGAUCAUCCUCAUGGGCACCGACGAGCCGUGGACAGCCGCUGACAUUGCCGCGCACACCGUAAUCGAGCACGGAUACGAGGCGCACUCACGGAUUGUCAACGACCUCUUCGACGUCCUCGCCUCGUUUGACGACAACGAGCGACGGCAGUUCCUCAAGUUCAUGACCGGCUCGCCGCGGUUGCCGUACGGGGGUUGGGCCGCCCUCGACCCGCCGUUUAAGAUUGUGCGCAAGACGGCAGCUCAGCCCGACGCCUACAUGCCGUCGACCAUGACGUGCCUCAACUACCUUAAGCUCCCCGAGUACUCGUCGGCCGAGGUGCUGCAGGCCAAGCUCCGCCAGGCCAUGACCGAGGGCCAGUCUGGUUUCCUGCUCUCGUAACUUUGGAAGCUUUGCCCAUCGCUGCCUGUUCUUGACUUUGUUACACCCCCCUUUGUGGCUGACGAAACGAAAGCACUCUGUUCUUCUUCCGCUUUCUCCCCCCAAUUCUGACAACCCUACUGUGGGUAUUCGCUUUUCUCCCUUUUUUUGGUACGUACUCUUGCAAGGCUCCCAGAGUGCCG